AUGAGCAAAACGUCUGCACGAGACAUUGAAAAACACUGGGAAAAAACAGUUCGUGACUUUGGGAAGGAAUGUUUGAUGGAACAUAAUCGUCUUCGAUCAAUACACACCAGUCCACCAUUAAAGCUGAGCAAGGACCUCUGUCGAACGGCCCAAAAACACGCAAGACAACUUGUGAACGAGCAAUCCGUGAUGAGGUUGUCAGAAAUCAAUUUCGGACAGAAUGUGGCUUCGAUAAAGACUAGCAUGAAUAACGCAUUAUCCGGGGUUCUGGUUGCUCGAUGCUGGUACAAGGAAUCGGAGAACUACGAUUAUUCCGAGGAGAAUCCCGUGAACGCCGGUCAUUUUACACAACUUGUUUGGCGUGACUCAACAAAAGUUGGUUUUGGUUGCGCAAAGGAUCAGGACCGUGGAAUUAUAUACAUUGUCGCGCACUAUUCCCCGACAGGUAACGUGGACGGUCGAUUUGUGACAAAUGUCAUGAAGCCAGAAGUGUGGGAUACAGCCGUAGCUGGAUGGAAUAUGUCCCCGGCUGGUCGUCGGAAGAUCGGGAGUUGUCGUUGCCGUCGAGUUAGGAAAUCAUACUUUCUCAGUUGA